AUGGAAGGAGGAAACGCGGGGUGCAGCCGGCAGCUUCCCGAGCGGACGGGUCCCGCGGAGAGUGAACCGGACGUCUUCACCACUUUUGCGGUCAGAGCGCUUUUUGGACUUACAGCCAAGUUGGAAUCGGUAACUCCCAAAGAAGAAGAAGCAGUGCUUAAAGUGUUUCAACCUUUGCACACCAAUGUCAACACUCAGGCUAACAAUCGGUAUGAGAGGAAUGAUAAUGAUGGUGUUGACGACUCAGAAAACCAGCACGGCGCAGGCUGUACCAGUGACCAAGCUGACCCGAUGUCUGGCAGCCGUGCUGAACUGGAGCCGGAGCCGGCAGGACAGAAUGAAAUACUUCUUCCCCGUUUAAGGUCUGUACAGACUUCUUUGUCUGAAUCUGACAACGAUGCUAUUCUCGUACAAGGUACUUUGGUUCACACAACAAGUGACACGGAAUCAGAUGGUGAGAGUAAGGACACAGAUGCUGAUGAAACCAACACAAGCAAAUGUGGGCUAAACAAUGCUGCUUUGUCUGCUGUGGCUUUGGACGGUAACAAUCAAAGUAAGGAAGAGUCAGAUUCAGAAGGGUACAGACACAGCGAUGACACUGUGGGUAGAGAAGACACUGAGUUAUACCCACCAAUUUCUCAGUGGUUUCCCAGAGAGCUGGACAGCGUUCUGGAGUGUGAUUCCAGUGGCAAAGACAGAACGUUAAUGGAUGAGCAGUUCAGUUCCUUGCUUGCUACAGGGGAAUGCCCUCCAGAAAUUCCAGGUGAGGAUCAAAGGCCUUCAGUUGAUAAUGCAUCUCUCCAUAAAACAGCACUGGCUGAAAAAAGUUUCCAGCUGCCUGCUUUUUUUAGUGGCCUACGUGUGAGGAAAAAGGGGCUAAACACAGAGGAUGGGGAAACUAUUACAGAAAUUAAGCCAAGGGAGAAUGAUUUAGCUCUGCUUAAAUUACGACAGCCUGUUAAGAAAUCCAACAUUACAUCAGGUUUGACCACAAAAAAGAAAUCAUCUGAACCUAAAGCAAGUCCUACUUUCCUGGAGCAGCUCUCUCACCUGUUAAACAUAGACGUCUCCAAGAAUGAUGAGAGAACCCAAGAUUCUGGUGCAGCGUUUGGGGAGACUGAGGACAGCGAUGAAGGCCCAGAGAACAAAGCCUCUGGCAAAACAGAGCCACUGUUUCUCUCUGAGGAAAUAAAAUCAAGCCCUGCUGAAUCUGCACUGGACGUCUUUAAAGCUUUAUUCACACGACCUCCCAAAAAAGAGACAACGGCAGAUCCUUCAGAGCUGGAAGCCAUCAAACGCAAAAUGAGAAAUGAGAAAGAGUCCUUGAAAGCUGUGUUUGAAAGGUCAAAACCUAAACCUGGCGAUGGACCAUCAGACAAAUCUCCUGAUCUGAGUCCCUCAGAGCAAGAUGACAAGACUCCAGGGAGACUCCAGACUGUCUGGCCACCACCGAAGGCAAAUCACGAAGAAGUAAAAGUAGGAUUAAAGUACACAGAAGCAGAAUACCAAGCUGCCAUUUUGCAUUUAAAGAGGGAACACAAAGAAGAAAUCGAAACACUAAAGUCUCAGUUUGAACUCAGGGUAUUCCAUAUUCGUGGAGAACAUGCUGUAGCAACUGCUCAGCUUGAGGAAACCAUUGCGCAUCUGAAGAAUGAACUUGAUAAUAAAUUGAACAGAAGGAAUGAAGAAGCAAGGGAUAUUGGUGUUUCUACUGAAGAUGAUAAUCCACCAAAGACAUACCGAAAUGUAUGUAUACAGACUGACAGAGAAACUUUUAUAAAGCCUAGUGAAGAAGAAAACAGAGCUGUGAAAAACAACCAAAUAGUACCGAAAAAGCUUAAUAUUUCAUCUUUGACACAUAGUAUUUCUACCCAAGGUGAAAAUAAGGACAGUUAUGAUGUACCAUCUUCAGAAAGUGUCUUGUCUUGUCAACCAAAACAAAUGCUGCCUCCUCCACCACCUCCACCACCUCCACCACCACCUCCACCCUUCUCUGAUUCUUCACUACAAGGUUUAGUUCCUCCACCACCACCUUUGCCAAUGGGUCCAACUUCAGUGACACCUCACUUUGCAUCUGGGCCUUCACUGCCACCUCAACUUUCUGAAGGCUGUAGGGAUUUUCAAGCACCAUCACCACCAGCACCACCACCACUUCCAGGGUUGGGACCUCCUGUUCCUCCUCCACUGCCUGGAUCCGGGUUACCUCCACCUCCCCCACCCCCAGGACCUGGGCUCUUUUUUAAUAGCACUUUAUCUUCAAGUCAAGGUCCUCGAAAACCUGCCAUUGAACCUAGCCGUCCCAUGAAGCCUUUGUAUUGGACACGGAUACAAUUGCAAGGCAGCAGGAAAACUGCCAUACCAACAUUAUGGGAAUCACUAGAAGAACCUGAUAUACUUGAUACUACUGAGUUUGAAUAUUUGUUUUCCAAAGACACCACUCAGGAAAAAAGAAAACCAUUAUCAGAGACUUACGAAAAAAAAACCAAGGCCAAAAAGAUUAUCAAAUUGUUGGAUGGAAAGCGAUCACAAACUGUGGGAAUUUUAAUAUCCAGUUUGCACCUGGAGAUGAAGGAUAUUCAACAAGCUAUUCUGUGUGUUGAUGACUCCGUAGUAGAUUUGGAAACACUGGAAGCGCUAUAUGAAAAUAGAGCACAAAAGGAUGAACUGGAAAAAAUCGAGCAAUAUUAUCAGACUUCAAAAGAGGAGGAACUGAAGCUUCUGGAUAAACCAGAACAAUUUUUAUACGAAUUAUCUCAGAUCCCCAAUUUCACAGAACGAGCUCAGUGUAUUAUUUUCCAGUCAGUUUUCUCUGAAGGGAUAACAUCAGUUCACAGGAAAGUUGAUAUCAUAACUCGUGUUUCCAAGGCUUUGCUGAACAUGACGAGUGUAAAGGAGAUUUUAGGUUUGAUUCUGGCAUUUGGAAAUUACAUGAAUGGUGGGAAUAGGACUCGAGGUCAAGCUGAUGGAUUUGGUUUGGAAAUACUCCCCAAACUAAAGGAUGUCAAAAGCAGAGAUAAUCGUAUUAAUCUUGUGGAUUAUGUUGUCAUAUAUUACCUACGCCAUUGUGAUAAGGAAGCAGGAACAGACAAGAGUAUUUUUCCUUUACCAGAACCACAGGAUUUUUUCCAGGCCUCCCAAGUUAAGUUUGAAGACCUAAUAAAAGACUUAAGGAAGCUGAAGAAAGACCUAGAAGCCUCCGAAAAGCAAAUGAAGUUAGUUUGCAGAGAAUCUUCAGAAGAGCAUCUCCAGCCCUUCAAGGAAAAAUUAGAAGAAUUCUUCCAGAAAGCUAAAGAAGAACGUAAAAAAGAAGAGAGCAGUUUGGAAAAUGCACAAAAAUGCUUUGAAGAAACAGUGGGAUACUUUGGGAUAAAGCCAAAGCCUGGUGAGAAGGAGAUCACACCAAACUAUGUUUUCACGGUGUGGUACGAAUUCUGCAGUGACUUCAAGACCAUUUGGAAACGAGAGAGCAAAAGCAUUUCCAAGGAGCGAAUUAAAGUGGCUCAGCAAUCAGUAAGCAAGUUAACUGCCGAGAAGAAAGUUGAAACAAAGAAAAUCAAUCCUACGGCUAGCCUGAAAGAGAGACUACGUCAAAAAGAAGCCAAUGUGAAUGCCAACUGAAAGGAGAAAGAUGAAAAUGAUAGUGUGUCGUAAUACCUUUCAAGACGCUUUAUUAUGCCUAUGGCUCAGAGAGCACCUUAUGUUUGUUAUUGAAUUCUGCUUUGCUGAUCUAUUCCAAGACAAUCUACUAAAUGUUUUUCAGUUCCUUCAAAGGAGUUUGUACAUAAAGUAGAAGGAAUUCUAAGAAAAUUUUUUACAUGGGAAUUCAGAAUGAUUUUCUGUAGUUCUUCCUUACGUUGUAAGGAAUCUAGUUGUUUAUGGUUAUUUAAAGGACUCUAUGUGUAAUGCAGUAAAAUGAAAGAGUUUAAAUGAAAAAUUUGGAUACAAGAUUAGAUAAUGACUAAGAACUUGUAGGUUAUUUACAGGGCUUUGUGUAGAUUAGAGCAAAUAUGCUGUUUGGCUCACAAAGCACUGUUAUACCAUAUUUUUUUGUUACUUCUGCAGUAACUGAGGUAAAAUAGACUAACUGUAAGUAAUAUUACAGUGUCUGAGUACUGGAUGCAUCUUUCUAUAACUGAUUAAUUGUAAUUAUAGAUUUACUCUGUAUUUUACUAUAAAUAUUUUUAUAGAGACCUCAACUUAUGCCACACAUUGAAAUGAAAGCAAUAUUUUGCACAUGGAAAGGAAUAGCUUCAAAUUCUUUAUCUGUAUGAUCGAUGGUGUAACUGAUUCAUUAUUUUUUUGUUUGUUUUAACCUGUCCUAUAUUCUGAACUCCAAAAAAAAAAAAAAAAGAAA